AUGGACAACAGCGGCAUGUCGCAAAUGUUUCCCGGAGACACACUGGCCGAGGAGAAGACCAGCCUGCGACUCCUGGCAGUAUUCAACUUCCUGCAGAUCUUCGGAUUCAUGGUCGUGCUGAUCACCAUUAUCGUCGCAUGGAUGUCUCCUGGGGUGCACCGAACACGGGUCUGGUACUCCUUCAUGCUGUCCUGGCUGUUCUACUGCCUUUCCUACUUCAUGCUCGCUGGCGGCCAAGUCGGCCCAGAGCCGGCCUUCUCCGUCUGUCUAGUACAGGCAGCCUUAAUCUAUUCUGGCCCCGUCCUCAUCUCCUCUGCAACACUCUCAUUGAUCCUAUAUAUGUACCUCACCCUCUCUUUUGUGCUCAGAAAUGGCACACCGACAAGUAAAAGGCAUACAACAAUGAUUCAAGUCUAUCCCUAUAUAGCUUGGGCCCUUAGAUUUAUUGUUGCCCUUAGUAUUGGACUCUCACAUCAAUCAUUUGUUGCAAGAGAUACCACAGGAUUUUACUGUCAUUUUACCAAUGCUGUCCAAGCAACAAUCAGUGCCGUAAUUGCACUAAUAACAGUACUGAUUAUGAUAUUUUUGGAAGUGAGGAUUGCAAUCCUACUGUCUCGAAACUGGGUUGCUUUUCGGAAAUUCCACCCAAAUUCCCAGAGUGGCAUAUCUUUACCUCUGAUUAUCCGCCUUUGCAUCUUCACUAUCAUGAGCAUAGUUGGUCUUGGGUUAACUGCCCUAUCAUUUCUUCCUCAGUCAACUGUGGAUGAAGGAAAAACACAUCUUGCAGCAGCUAUAAUACCCUGUUUUGCUGGCUUUAUUUUCGGAACUCAAAAGGAUACCUUCAAGGCAUUGAUGUUCUGGAGACCAUCUAUAGCUGAGGAUAAGCCAACAGCCAAAGCAGGCAACAGUGCAACAGUUUAA